AGCAGACUUCGAAGCAGGUCUCGGUCCAUACGAUUAGUCCAUGUUUGUACGUUCAACCGGUCAGUUCGAAACGGUGAAGUUAGUCUUCCUCGUACUCGUCGCGGUCGUUGUUGUUGUAGUACCCUAUAGGAGUGGAGUUGCUUUUUUGUAUAAAGAGUUAUAGGAGAGCAAAAAAACUGAUUUUUGUUUCUCUUCAGAACAGUAGUUAGGUAGCGCAGUACGUGCGGGUGAAAUCUAGAACGAAACCGUUUUGUACUUAAGUGUGAGUUCUGCUGUUGAAGUACCAUCGCUGUUCCCCUUCUAUCCGGUGCCAAUCGUGUUGUUGGGCUUUGUGGUGCGCGAAAUUGCAACAAAGCAGUUGCCUUGAAGUUCGAGGGCCUAUUUGGAGUAGCGAGUAACCCCAGAAUAGCGAAUAACCUCGUGAUCGUUCCAUUGUGCAGUCGAUCUGUCCCCGCAGAGGUUCAUAGAGCAACAGCCGGCUGGUACUCUGUGUGUGUGUUUGAGUUUGAGCUUUGGAUUAGUGCACUUUUUGCGGUGGAUUUUGUAUGUAGGUAGGCAUUUGGAAACUGGCUUCAGCAGCAUCGUUUGUGCAGUUGUGAGUUGAAGUGUGCUGCAAAAGAGCAUCGCGGUCAUAUCGGUGUUCGGGUGCAAAGUGAUCUAUAGGAUUGAAAUACUAGUUUGUGGUCCGGUGUUACCAUUUUUGGAGGAAGCGGCAACAACAACAGCAGCAGCAGCAGCAGCAGCAGAAGUAGUAACAAAACAAAAGUGGCUCGGUUUUGUGAAUUAAUGCAUGAGUCAAGAUCAGCAAAAAGAGAAUAAAGUGAUACGAAAAAGUUAUACCGAGCUAAAGCGAAAAGUUGCUUUUGUUUUUGGAACGAGUGAGUACACGGUGUAAACAAGUUUUUGCACAAAAAUAAUGAUGAAUCUGUUGUUCGGCGGGCCGCUGGAGAAGUGUACGAAGAUUGUGCUGGUAAUGUGAAGAAGGCAAAGUUCUUGGCCUGAGACAAAAGACACCAAACUUGGAAGCUGAGUUAUAAGAGCUGAAAGUGUAAGCAACGCCGCGAACUAGCUUAGGCUGUGUCGAUAGAUUGCAUUUAGGCUCAGGUUGGUAUUCACAUACUUUUAAAUGCGCUGCUACGUGAAAAACAAGGACUAUAUUUUCACCAGUUUCUGUACGUUAUUCCGGUACCCAUUGGAAGUGCACCAGUUCAGAGUUUUCGGUUCCUGGUAAGAGCACUUUGAAGUGUUAUCAGAUUAUGCGAAAAGCAGCAACAUCAUGCCGAUCAUACAUUGUGGGCCAGGUUGGUUGAUUGAAUAGAUAAUUCCUGUCCGACGGUUGAAGGUUGAAAGUGACAUUCUUGCUUCUGACAAUCGGAGACGUACAUAGCGGCGGAACACCAGACGGAUACGAAAACAGAGCGACACUUGAACGGAUGGAACACGACGGAACCAGCGGUGGAAAGAUACCGCCAACUUCAAACAACGAGUUUAUUUAAUUCGUUGAAGUAGAACACCCAUUAGAGGAGUAAUAUUUUGAAUACCUCUUGAGGACCACUCGGCAAAGGCAGCUAGAAGGCUGCUUGGAGUGCAGCAAAUAAUUCAUCAGCAAUGCCAACGACCACGUUGAAAAAGGAAUCAAAUGAACAGCACAGCGACGGGGAUAAUGAUGAGGAAGAACCCAAGGACAUGAAAAAUGCGCAUCUGAUUAUCAACGAGCUAAGGUCCCGAUGUCGGAAUCAGUCCGAGCAGAUCAUGGCAUGGAAGAAAGCUUUCGCAUUGCAGCAAGAGCAGAACCACCGACUGCAAAAGGAAAAGGCCGAACAGCUGAACUACUUAACCAGUCAGUUGCUGCUGCUGGAAUCGCGGAUUAUGCGUAAACAGAAGCAAGUUUCCGGUGUUCUGUACCAGAGGGAACUGACCAUCUACCGACAGCAGAAGAUUAUCGAGACGCUCUCGAGUCGCCUGAUUGACCACGGCAUUAUCGAUGUGGUUAUGGAUCCGGUCAUCAGCCUGAACACCAGCAACAACAAUAGUAACGAUUUCGACUCGCUGAACGAUUCCGAUUCUGCCGUGGUGCUCGAAGACGUGGACUCGGACUGUAACAGUUCGAUCUAUUUCGGUGGUGGUGGUGGCAGUUUGAAGUCCCGCUGUGGAGGAAACAAGCUGAACAACGACGUGACAAUCGUUCGGUCAAUUUCGGAUGCUAUCGAAACGACAAAUUUGAAGUAUAAUAAUACAAGGCGGUCGAAUUGUUUCCUACGACGCCCGGAAGUCUUGGAGACUGUAUAUAGCGUGGAAGAGGAUCCGGAACCGCAGGGUGCUGGCGGAGGAGGCUGUGGUGGUUCGGGAGCAAAUAAACCCGAUGCUGUGACUGAAAAACGUGACAAAUUUAAAAAUCGUACCGAGAAAUGUAUCUCGUCAGAUCAGUCGGACGACGCGAAGGAAAACCAAAGUACAACUACGAAAAUCACCAGUACUACCAUGACCACCGUAAUUAUAACCAAAACCAGUUGCGAUGGCGAUUCCGGAGGGUACGAGACUCCACCGGGCAAUGGUUACAAGGCGGGAGCGGUGACAAACUACAAUCGUGUGAUGUCCAACCACCGUUCGGUAACCAAACCGAAAGAUGUCAAAUAUAAACGAAUCAACAAGGCCAAAUCGAAAAGUCUCGAGGAGUUGCGAGGCCGCCUGCGGCACUGGGUCGAGCGGGGUAGCUGCAAUAUGAACAUGAAUCUAGAUGGAACCAUGGCUCAUUUGGAUCCUUGUCAGUUGCAGCUGCAGCAGUCGCAGCAAAAUCUAGCACAGAGCUAUGCGUGACCUGAGCCAAAGCCCCACGUGCGGGGGAGCAUUUAAUGGUUAAUAUUUAUUACGUAAUGCGAACUGAAUCGCAAUCGCAAACAAAGUCCGUUUUGUUCUCGGCGAUCAGCAGCAGCAGCAGAUCGAUCGCUGGAGUGUGGUUUGAAUUUGAAACAUGAAGAGGCAGCUUCGGCCCCAAAAAAUUGCAAACUAAUUUACAUUAGUGUCGAGUCCUAAAUGUCUGCUUGAAUUGUACAUAGAAGCGUGAUGUUUUUAGAUUUAUUUAUUUUCUUGUAAACCGAAUCCGGUAAUCCAUGCAAUUAUUCAAAGAAGAAACAAUCAAUUUUUUUCUAUCGUAUCAUUAAAAAUAUCAGAGAUUCUGACUGAGUCAGGUUACCUACAAACAAAGCAAAAUGUCAGCAUAUGUCGCAUACUAAUAUACUAACAAUGCAAUGCACUGAACAUUACAAUCGUUAGAUUUGUGAGAAAUAAAGCAAAGAUGUAGCUUUUGUACUAUGCACGAAAUUUAGAAUAUAUACAUAGAUACAAUAUGAAGAAAAAAACUACAGAUAAACUAACUAAGAUGACUGCUUUUUAGAACGCAGCUCAAGUGAUCUUUCUAUCCAAAGUGUGUUUCAAUGAGAGAGAGAGAAAAAAAAGAAAAAAAAAACAAUCAAAUCUGAUCAGAGUGAGUUCAUGUAAUGAAGCGAGAUCAAUCGAUUUAAGUCUAGCACAAAAUUGCAGCAGUAAAACAAAAACACGUUAGUCUGUAAAAUUGUAUCCGCAUCAGCAGCCAGCAGUGCAACCCUGUACAUAUAUUCAAUUCGAACAAGAAUUUGAAGCUAUAAGUCCGCGGUCCUCAUACAAGCGAGGAAAAUAUUAUGAACUUGAAUUAAUUAUUAGCUUAAGUACGAGACGGAGAACGGGCAAAAGUUCUUUUGCAACUAAAUAGCAACCGGCAGAGGCAGCAAAACAACCAUCUUGUGUAUAACAAGUUUUGAAUGCUUAUCAAAAAUAAAGAAAAAAAAAACUUUCUGUACUAUA